UACGCGUAAUACAAGGCGCUAUAUAUCUGAAUGAUAAUGUGCCUAUUCCACGCACUACAAAACGAAGAUAUACCGAUAGUCAUUCUAUUUCGCCCAUGGAUGCAACAAACUCUGCUGAAGUUGCGGCAAGUGAUGACCGCGACAUUGGAACGGUUUCGCAUGAGGAAAAAGAAUUUGGCUCGCACAGUCCCAUUUUCAUGCACGAGGAAGAUAUUGAAAAUGUUGAAGAAGACGAUCGGCAUGCAAUGGAUGGGAGACCACAUGAGCUGGUCACAGAGUUCAUAGAUCCUGAACGUGAAAAGGGUACGGUGAGAGAUAAUAUGUUAGCAUCUGUUACAGUGGGUGUGCUGACCAUUCUGAGUGAAGAUAAUCCUGAGCUUGGCUUGAUCAUCAAUAUUGCUAUGUCUGGUUCUGAUGAUGACGAUGCAGAUCUGCGUGAAGGCCAAACUGCUCAUGAUGAUGCCCAAAUGUCUGAUUCUGAUGAAGACCUUGCAGACCAAAUUGCACAUAAUGAUGCACAGAUAUCUGAUACCGAUGAAGACCUUGCAGAACCAUUUGAAGGCGGUCAUGAAAGUGGUCACGAUGCUGCUCAGGAGGAACCGACACGCUCUCGUCAUGUUGGCUAUAUAAGGAGAGAAGGUCAGCUGGUUAUCAAGGACAACACCAAGACUUCUUACCUUAUCAGAUGGUCUGAUCUGGGAGUCAUCCAGAGAAAUGACUAGGUCCUGGGUUGGAGACUGAUCUCCAGGAAUGAGCAACAUCUCGGUCUUGCUGGGAUUAAGUUUUAGAUGAUGUUUAGAUGAAAUUUACCUUAAAAUUAAACACAAAACAAAUGAUAUUCAUACCCUUCUAAAAACAGCUGUAUGUUUUUUUUGUAGGAUUUCUUGCCCAUUUUUGAAGGAACAAAUUUGACCAGGGCACAGGCAGUCUGUCUUAUCACCGCUUUUACUUAAGGCACAAGU